AUGGGGAAUAAGGUUGUCACCUUCACAGAACAACAGCUGGAGAACUAUCAGGACUGUACAUUUUUUACUAGGAAAGAAAUACUCAGAGUUUUCAAACGAUUUCGGGAAGUGAAUCGGGAUCUAGUCCCAAAGCGUAUGACAGAGAACCAGGCCCACACCAUAGCAGUGCCAGUGGAGGAGAUAGAAAAACUACCAGAACUAAAGGAAAACCCAUUCAAAAGACGCAUAUGCCAAGUUUUCUCCCACGAUGGCUCCGGCAACCUCACGUUCGAGGAUUUCCUCGACAUGAUGUCGGUGUUCAGCGAGGCAGCACCCAGAGACAUAAAAGCCUGGUACGCUUUCCGAAUAUACGACCUCGACGAUGACAUGUACAUAGGCCGCGAAGACCUGCUGGAAGCCACCAGGCUGCUGACGCGGGGAGAGCUGCACCCCCAGGAGCGCGACGAGAUCGUGGCCAGCGUGCUGGACGAGGCGGACGUCGACGGAGACGGCCGCCUCUCCUUCAUGGACUUCGAGCACGUGGUCGUCAGAGCGCCGGACUUCUUGUCCACCUUCCACAUAAGGGUGUGUUCUUAUCAAAUAAACGACUUGGAUGAUGAUAUGAACAUAGGCCGUGAAGACCUGCUGGAAGCCACCAGGCUGCUGACGCGGGGAAAGCUGCACCCCCAGGAGCGGGACGAGAUCGUAGCUAGCGUGCUGGACGAGGCGGACGUCGACGGAGACGGCCGCCUCUCCUUCAUGGACUUCGAGCACGUGGUCGUCAGAGCGCCAGACUUCUUGUCCACCUUCCACAUAAGGGUGUGA